CUUUGAUGUUCAUUCGGAUACUUUUAACUUUACUCUGUUCUUCGAGUCAUUUAGAUCUGACCCUUCUUCGCAAAUCUGGCUCUCUCUGGAAAUUCUCUUCCGAUUUUUCUGUGUACCACUGAUUAAGUUGUGGAUGUGUUACCUUUACGUAUUGGGAGAAUAAUAUGCUUUGGUUGAGCAUAUCAAUUGAUGUAUUUCGUAAAGUUGUGCAUUUGAACCUCUAUUGCAGGGUUAUUUUGUAAAUCACUUUUUGUAUAGAUAACACUGAGUUAUUCCUCCCUGAGCUCCUUCUUUCAACCAGCCAUGGGUUCCAAUCACUUUUUUAUCAUUUCCUGUGAUAUCUACAUUAGCUGAAAAGCUUCCUGUCCCCUAGCACCAUUUUGCUUUUGGUCUUCUGUUUUAUUUCUACUUUUUCUGCCCCUUUGUCAAGGAAUCUAGAUAGCUCAUUAAAUUUUUCGUUUAUUUUUAUCACCAUUGUGCUCCAGUUUUAAAGUUCUUCUGCAGUGAAUAUUCUCCUUUUAUUUCCCUCUUUCUUUGUUGUUGGUACCUCUCUCGUGCUUCUGUAUAGAAGAAUAGUCAUCCGUUUAAGGUUCAGAAGUAGUUAUGGUGUGCCAAGCUGCAACCCAGACAAGAUUUCGGGCAUUGAAACAUGAGAAUGGAAUUGCAGGAAAACCAACAAUUAUAGUUAGAGUGAUCGCAUGCUUUCAACCUUUGCAGAAUUGUCAGGCUGAGUAUUUUCGACAUUUGCUUAAGCCUGUCACGUAGAUUGAAUAGCAUUUAUUUCUCUUAAGCUGGACUCUGCAAACUUCUUUUUGUCUUUGUUCCCGAAAGCAUUCAGCAGAUAACUCCCAUAGCAGACCAGAGCACAUAAUUUUGAGGUGGUUGUUUUUCUGGAUGGUUGGGACUGAUAACUCACGACUUGAUUUUGAGCAUUUUGCUUGGCAACUGCACAAUCAUAAUUCCAUGAAUGCAUCAGUAGAGAUCAAGCAGCAGGAAAACUUCCAAACGAAUAUCAACCAUGGAAAUUGCAUAUUUUCCACAUGUGUGGGUGGAAUGCAAGGGUUUGCAAUUCCACCAUUACCCAGUCUUGAAGUGGAACAGCUAAAUGUUGUUCAGGGAUCACAUCAAUGCUUAUCCCCUGAUUUCCUGAACUCACUUGGUACUUUCAUGCCUUGUCAGAAAAAAAAGGAAUCUGUGCAUUUUGCUCAUGCUGGACCUAGUGGGAUGCCUGUGUCAAAAUCAAAUAAUGGGUCCUAUCCGAAAGGUUUUCUUAUCUUUGAUCAAUCUGGAAACCAGAAGAGAUUGAUGUAUGCUCCUAUGUGUCCUCCUGUCUAUAUUCCCUCAACUGUUGCUGAAACCAAGCGUUGUGGUUGGCUUGAAGAAAAAGAGGCAGCUGGAGACAUUCAUUCGAUCAAGUAUUUUCCAAAUACUCUGGCCAGUGAGAAUUAUGUAGCUGAUGGAGAGAGUAGUGAAAUGCAUGAAAACACAGAAGAAAUAGAUGCAUUACUUUACUCAGACUACGAUGGCACUGGUUGUAGUAGUGAUGAUGAAGUGACUAGCACAGGACAUUCUCCAGAGAUGAUCGAUGAGCAUUGUGAGAAGGAAGAACAAUGUCAAGAAACUACUACAGAAGUUGCUAGUUCUGAUGGCCCAAGAAAAAGACAGAGAGUUCUUGAUGGGGGCUACAUAAAAUCACUGCCAGUUGCUAUGGUUUCUUGUGCAAGAGUUGAAUCACAGAACUUUGCCGAUGAUGCGGAAUCAAGCUGUGCCAUGGUCCUUAAGGAAGAGUCUGGAACAUAUGUUGAUUUUUGCAAUUCUUCUUGCAAAAAAGACAGGAUCAAGGAGACGUUGAGAGUACUUGAGAAUUUAGUUCCUGGUGCAAAGGGCAAGGACCCAUUGUUGGUUAUUGAUGAAGCUAUCGAUUACUUGAAGUCCUUAAAACAUGAAGCUAACGCUCUAGGUGUGAGCUGCUAUUAGAUCGCAUGCUGGUUAAUUGGUUAAAAUUAGGUGCAUCAUGGUGUGAUAACUUCAGAAUUCAUAUUUUGAAUUUUGAUGGAUGCGAGAUCAGUUUGUCUGCUAAGUGUGAACCGCUUCCUUUCUCUUACAAAGAAAAUGCGAUGAGUUAGCAAAUGGAGGCACUGAACCUAGCCAGAAAAUAAGUGAAUAAUUGCUAUUUUUAUUCGUUGACUAGACAUGAUUAUGUUUGAUGCUUUUAAGGGACUAAAGAUCAGGGGAAAGCCACAAAGAUUUGAACGCAUGGGAUGUGAUAGUGGUGGGUUAUGCUGUAAAAUUAAAGACCCCACUUUUUCCAGCAAUUUGGAGAAUCUCCAAGGAUUUAGUGCAUGCGCGUUAGGUAACUCAGGUCCCACUUUCAACUUCUUUAUUUCUCUUUCUGCAUUAUGUGCUUGCCCAUUUGUAGAGGUUAUGCUGUAAAAGUGGAGCUUGUCCCUUUUGGCAUUAGGUAGAUGUUACACGGCGAAACUUUUGUGGGGAGUCUUGUGAUUAUGAGAACUUUUGACUGAGCUCAGCUUUGGAGAUGGAUUUCACUUUUUGCUAAUAGGUUUUGUGUUGAUGUAAUAAUAUUGAGGUGUGUGUUUUUUUUUUUGAGUCUAUGUUUGUACUUGACCUAAGCCUUUGAGAAUACUGGCUGUCCAAUUAUGUUGUUGAUGAAUUAUAAUCCAAGUUGUUGACAAA